AUGGGUACUAAGGUUACGAUACCGUUUGCGGAAUUAGUUAGGUUAACCCCCGGUUAUGCAAGGUACAUUAAGGAUAUGUUGAAGGAAGACAAGGUACCGAUGGAUGUGCAUGUGACAGAAGAAGUAAAGGGAAUCUUGGAGAAAGGGGAUGAGUUCAUCACCCCGAAGUUAGAAGAUCCGGGAAGCUUUGUAAUACCUUGUACCUUAGGGAAUAAAAUCACCUGUGAUUGUUUAGUAGACUUAGGGUCUAGUAUUAACCUAAUGUUGUGGUCUAUCUACAUUAAGUUAAGUAAUAAAGCCUUAGAUACGACCAUGAUGACCAUUAAGUUAGUAGAUCAAACCUUUCAACGUCCCUUAGGAAAGACUGAUACUAUAUUAGUGACAAUAGGAGAUCUGCAUUUCCAAGUAGAAUUUGUAGUAAUGAAUAUCCCCGAAGAUAAGAAAGUACCGAUAAUCCUAGGUAGACCUUUCUUAAAUACCGCCAAGGCAGUAAUAGAAGUAGCGGAAUGA